AUGAGGUCAGUCAUGGCCUCAUAUGAGGCCAGCUUUUUUUUUGCAAAAAUAUAUAAAUUAAAUCGAAACUUUAAAACAUUCAGUUUGGACACUAUUUCUUUAACGUAUACACGCUCGGCAAUAACAUCUUGCAAAACAUUGGGAUGGCGGUUUUCAAUGCACAGAGAGACUAAGAAUCUAAUGAAGUAUCAAUGA